ACCCCACUCUGAGGAGGAAGAAAUAGGAAUUGUUUGUUACGAGCAAGUGGAGGCCAGGACAAAUUAUGUUUAGAGCACUUUCCCCCAGACACGGAUAGAAAGCUAGGGCCUAGAGUGUGUAAUUUGCUCACUACUUGUCCUAGGAAAACUUAUGUCCCCUGUCACUAGAGCUCCAGGACCUGAGCCAAGGGCUCGCUGGCCUAUCGGGAUAAAGGUUAUUACUUCAGUGUCUGAGUCGUCCAAUGAGGAGUACGCUUCUUAGGUGAGGGAAUUUGCCUGACCUGGGUCUGUUUCCUUAACCCCCAACGUUAGCCAUGUAGCGCUCCUAGGAAGUGCGUCCUAGAUUCCAGUCCUAGGAAUCAAAAUCCCCUCCACUGACAGCAGGAGCGGCAGGAGGACACGAGGACACUCCGUGGCUGGAAAUGAAGACAGCGUGGGAGCUGGAGUUAGGUGCCGGAAGUGUAGUUGCUUAGCAGCGGUGUCGAUAAAUGAAUCUCACAGUACAACAGACCCAGGAGUCAGUGAGCUUUGAGGAUGUGGCUGUGAAGUUCACCCAGGAGGAGUGGGCUUUGCUGGAUCCACCCCAGAAGAAGCUGUACAAGGAUGUGAUGCAGGAAACCUUGAGGAACCUGGCUUCUAUAGGAAACAAGUUGGAAAACCAGAAGAUUGUAAAUGAGUAUGAAAAUCUCUGGAGAAAGCUAAGCAGCCAACUGGUAGAGCAAUUCUGUGACUAUAAAGGAAGUCUUCAAUGUACAGAAAUCUUCAGCUGCAUUCCAGAGCCUUCUGUGAACCUGAAAUCUUUCCCAGGACUUGCCACAUGUGAAAAGCAUAUGUGUGGAGAAGAAAGCAUUCGCCAUUCUUCUCAAGGUGUAUCCCUGAACCAUCAGGUAGGACACAAACCUCAUGGAGACCAGGAAUAUGGGCAGAAAUUGUAUAAACAUAAGGAGUUUGAGAAUAGCUCCAGGUCUCUUCUGUCCCGUAAGGUGCAUAAAAGUGCUCACCCUGGAGAUAAGCCUAAAAAUAAAGCCUGCAAAGAAGACCUAUGCAUCCGAUCUGGUCAGAGGAAUGAAGAACGUGACCAUGCAAAAAAAUCUUACAUGUGCAAGCAGUGUGGGGAAGGCUUCACCCAUUCCAGUGCUUUUCAAAGACACGAAAAGAGUCACAGUGUUAAGAAGCCCUUCGUGUGUGAACUGUGUGGGAGAGGCUUUGCUCGGAUGGGUAACCUUUUAAGGCAUCAGACGACGGACACGGGUGGGAAUCCUUUUCUGCCUGAUCAUUGUGGGAGACCUUUUCCUCCUUCCACUUGCCUUCGAAGACGUGUGGGAAGACAUAGUGAGAAACCCUAUGUUUGUGAGGAAUGUGGGAAAACUUUCCUCGAUUCUACUUACUUCCGGAUACAUAGAAGGAUUCACACUGGUGUGAAACCGUAUGUGUGUAAGCAGUGUGGGAAAGCCUUCACCGCUUCUCGUUACCUUAAAUCACAUGAACUGACUCACACUCGGGAAAAAUCUUACGUGUGUAAGCAAUGUGGGAGUUCCUUCACGUUUUGGUAUCAGUUUCAGAAGCAUAAAGUAAUUCACAGUGGUGUGAAUCCCUAUGUUUGUAAGCAGUGUGGGAAAGGCUUCACUUAUUCCAGUUCCCUAAAAACACACGAAAGGAUUCACACUGGUCAGAAGCCCUAUGUGUGUAAGCACUGUGGGAAAACCUUUGGUAGUUCUGGUAACCUUAAAAGACAUGGAAGUACUCACACUGGAGAGAGACUCUAUGUAUGCAAGCAAUGUGGGAAAUCUUUUAAUAAUCACAGUUCCUUUCAGUUCCACAAAAGAAUGCAUACGGGAGAGAACCCCUACAAGUGUAAGCAGUGUGGGAAGGAUUUAGCUUCUUCCUCCUCCCUUCAGAGUCAUGAAAGGAAUCACUCUGGAGAGAAGCCCUAUGUGUGCUUGCAAUGCGGGAAAGCUUUCAGUUCUGAUAGUUCUCUCCGAAAACAUAAAAUAAUGCACAGUGAAGAAAAACCCUACGAAUGCAAGCAAUGUGGGAAAGGUUUUCGUCGCUUUUUUGAGGUUCGAGUCCAUGAACGAAUCCACAACAGUGAGAGACCCUAUCAAUGUAAGACGUGUGGGAGAGGCUUUUCCAGUUCAACUCAUUUGCGAAGACAUGUAGCAGUUCACAGUAGAGCAAAUAAGGCUGUUUGUAAAUAACAUGAGAAAGUCGUUUCUUGUGUAGUUCUCACAGAAAUCAAGUAACAUGGAACAGCUUAUGCUAUCAAUGUGGGAAAAUGUCAAACAAUUUGUAGAGAAAUUAUUCUUUUGAAUCAAUGUGGCUUUUAGUACUAGGAGUUCCCCUCAACUACAUGGAAGUAGACAUACCAGAGAAAAACCUUUUGGAGAAAAGCUGCAAGCAAAAUGAGUUGCUUCUGAGUUCUUUUCAUUGUGGAGAAGAUGCUAACUAGCUCACACUGGAGAGAAACCUAUGCACACAAUGUGGAGAGCCUUUAGUUCUUAGGGGCCCUCAAAAGACAUUGUGGGCCUCAAAAGUCAUUUUGAGGAGAAACCCUUUGUAUAUAAUUUGGUGGUUUGAAUAAAAAUGUUACAAGUGUGUUUAUAUAUUUGAAUGCUCAAUUACCAGGGGAUGGAAGUGUUGGAAAGAAUUAUAAGGAUUAGAAGGUGUGGCCUUGUUGGAGUAGAUGUGAACUUUUUAGAGGAAGAGGGUGCCAGGUCCAAUCACUCCUUCUCUGUCUGUGUUUAUAGUACAGGAUGUAGCUCUCAGCUACUGCUCAAGCACCAUGGUUCCAGCCAUGAUACUAACGGACUAAGUCUCUGAAACUGUAAGGAAGCCCCCAAUUAAAUGAUUUGUCUUAUAA